AUGUGUCGAGUUCGAGCAACGUCACGCCCGAAAGUCCCAAAAGGCCGAGGUAGUCAAUCCUACACAUCCGCUCACCUCGCUCAGGUCAACACGAUCGACCAGACCGAAUUCUCAAGAAAGAUCCUACCAAGUUUCAUCUCACCUUCCCCUGAGCCAGGGACCAACGUCAAUCACAAUCCAACCCACGAUACCCCACGCCGUCGCAAAGCCGCGCCACCUUUCUCGGCACCGACGCACCGCACCGAGCCGUAUCUCCGCGCGCCCGGUCACCAGCUCGCUGACAAACGAGAUACUGUCGCUGCUAUGGCGACCGAGGAUGACGACCUUGACGGCGGUCUCGACCUUUUUACAGAGCCGCCUGAUUAUUACCCACCCUCCCCUAAAGCCACAACAGAGUCUCACACCCUCCUCUCCGGACGCACCCUGACCGUCUCUCUAGUCGGCCACAACCCCCUCUGGGGCCACCACCUCUGGAACGCAGGCCGCCUCAUCUCCACCUACCUCGAGAAGAACCCCUCUCUCAUCGCCAACAAAACCAUCCUCGAACUCGGGGCGGGUGCGGGCCUCCCCAGCCUCGUGUGCGCAGAAAUCGGCGCCAAAAAGGUCCUCGUGACCGACUACCCAGACCCAGAUCUCAUCGCCAACCUCCGGCAGAAUAUCGACGCCUACUACUCCACCCCAGGCCGCCGCUGCAGCAACAAGCAGAGUCUCGCAGCCGAGGGCUACUGCUGGGGCGCCGACGUCCAGCCGCUGCUCGCCUACCUACCAGCAGCCGCAGCAGCACCCUCAACCGGGGCCGGAGUCGAGGCCGCGAGCCUGCAGCAGGGCUUCGACGUCCUCAUCCUCGCCGACCUCCUAUUCAACCACUCGGAGCACGCCAAGCUCCUCGCCACCAUCGAGCGCACGCUGCGCCGGGGCAGCGACGCACAGGCCCUCGUCUUCUUCACGCCCUACCGGCCCUGGCUGUUCGAGCGGGACAUGGCCUUCUUCGCCCUGGCGCGGGCGCGGGGCUUCGCGGUCGAGAAGGUGCUGGAGGAGAUGAUGGCGGAGGUUAUGUUUGUGGAGGAUCGCGGCGAUGAGAAGAUGAGGAGGACGGUGUUUGGGUUUGUGCUUCGCUGGGGGGAGAGGGGUGAGGGGGGUGAGGGGAGUGAGGGGGGAGAAGGGGGAAAGGGAGAGGGAGCAGAGGGGGGGAGUGUGAUGUGA